AUGGCGUACGCCGCUCUCAACUCGACCAUUGGUGGUCUGGGUUCAACAGCUACCUUCUCUAAUGUCUUCGACGAGGUCUCCAAGGCCGCCGUCGACCUUAAUGUUGCCGAGCGUCUCUGGGCGUCCUGGUACCUCUGGAUGCAGAAUGACACAAUCGCGACGGGUAUUAUGAGUUUCGUCAUGCACGAGCUCGUCUACUUUGGCAGAUCGCUCCCCUGGAUCAUCAUCGACGCCAUCCCCUUCUUCAACAAGUGGAAGUUGCAAAACACCAAGGUCCCAACAUGGAGAGAGCAGUGGGAAUGCGCCGCUCUCGUUCUCAUCAGUCACUGCACCGUCGAACUCCCCCAGAUCUGGCUCUUCCACCCCAUCGCCACCUACUUCGGAAUGGAGUACGGUGUCCCCUUCCCUCCCGCCUGGAAGAUCGCCAUGCAAAUCGUCAUCUUCUUCAUCCUCGAGGAUGCAUGGCACUACUGGUUUCACCGCGCGCUCCACUACGGUCCCCUCUACAAGUCGAUUCACAAGCUCCACCACACCUACAGCGCCCCCUUCGGUCUCGCCGCUGAGUACGCCUCUCCCAUCGAAGUCAUGCUCCUCGGUUUCGGCAUUGUCGGCUGCCCCAUUGUCUGGACUUUGAUCACCAACGACUUCCACCUUGUGACCAUGUACCUCUGGAUCGUCCUCCGCCUCUUCCAGGCCAUCGACGCCCACAGCGGUUACGACUUCCCCUGGUCUCUUCGUCACAUCCUCCCCUUCUGGGCUGGUGCUGACCACCACGAUCUUCACCAUGAGCGCUUCAUUGGCAACUAUGCCUCUUCUUUCCGCUGGUGGGACUACUGCCUUGACACCGAGGCCGGUGAGGCGGCGUCUAAGAAGCGUCGCGAGCGCAAGCUGGCUGAGAUUAGAGCCAAGAAGGCGCAGUAA